GUUCAUGGAGAAAUAAGUUGUAUAUGCCUGCGUAUUCUUGCAUUUCUUAUAAGAUUGCUUACUUUGGGGGCUAUCUUAUACUUUACCUGGUCGAUUCUUAUAUUCGUUUUCUCUGUAACUGUUGGGUUGAUUCUAAAUGGAGAGAUUUUUAAUCCUGUCGUUGCCAUCGUUAUGGUACUGAUAGUCUUUUUUUGGAGAAGUUGGCAGUUUUCAGUUGAAGCACAAUGUUUGCGACUUAAAACGACCAUCAUCAACGUUUGCAAGGACAAAGCAAAAAAUAUUGUUGUCAAUAAUGGUCCUAAUGCAGGAGGCACCACGAGUUCCACAGAGGACCAUGCUGAUGAAGAUGAAAUACUGGCUAUUAAAUUUGAAGAGAAAACUGGCGAGGCAAUGGUAUCAAAGAAACUUUACGAAGACAUCAGCAAAAUAAUUCUUCCUUUGGACUAUCUUCUGUUUCGUUUUUUCCGAAGAGUCGUCUUCGUUAGUUUAUACGCAGUGAUUAUGUUUAUGGUCUUGAGUCUAUCGCGGAAAACGGGACUCUCUGCUGGUGCUCAAGCACUUAGCGCUAUUGUUGGUAUCCUAAUACCGUUUAUUUUUGACACAAUUUACGCCGAUAAUCAUAAAGCACAAAGGAACUCGAUAAAUAUAGCGACAAAGGCCCAGGUUGGGCAUCUAUUAAAGGUUCACAAACGCGAAAACAACAUAAUUAGGGUUGAAUUAGUCAACAAUUUGACAAGUUAGAAUUAUUUUGUCCUGUGCAGACUAUCAGUAGCCUGCAUGUGUUUUGGCACACAACCGGCUACGCUAUUCGAGAAUAUUUUCGGGGAGCAUGGAACUAUAUUAUAAUAUUAAUUGAUCAAGCUAAGCCUGGAUUCUUUAAAAUCAUAAUCUAAACAACGUAAUAUAGUCAUAGAGUUUAUUCUGUAACAUCGCAUAUACAAGAGAACGUAGUUGCGAACCAUCCCAAUUUUGUGGAACAAAAGAGGCCCACAAGUGAACAAUGGGAAGUAGAUUAGUAGUCUAUUAUACAGGGUGUUCAAAAGGCCGAUAACUAUUGAAUUCAUCCAUAAUUAUAACAAUGUCAAUGUAACAGUUAGAGUUUGAAUGCCUAAGCAUCCUGUUGGAACCCACAAGU